AUGGACCCCGAUGUUAUGGCCGAUGGAUACGGUUCACGGGUUUACAAUCACAGAUACGUUUUUGCGGAUGAUCCAUUCUGCGGAGGGAGACGUCAGUCCGCAGAGGCUUCUCCGCGGAGUGAUGUGUUUCCUCCGCGGAAUGCUAUAAUCCAACACUGCAGCCUCCGCGUAAGCCAGAUGUCACUCCGCAGAGAGUCCUCCGCGGAAUGA